AUGAAAAAGUUUCAGCCAAAAGUAAAAGGCAUAGCCACAUUUGCAAUGUUACCGUGGCUGAUGACCGCAUGUUUCUACCCAUGCAUUGUAGGUCCCGACUUCUGGGGCCUUGUCAACAAGCACUGGCGUAUGUGUACGGCUGGACAAAUGCAAUCGCCCAUCAACGUCGAUCCAUCGAUGCUCCUUUUUGAUCCUAGUCUAACGCCACUAGAAGUUGAUAAAAAUCAAGUGGAAGCGCAGUUUGCAAAUAUGGGUCAAUUACCAAUGAUCACCAUUAACGAUUCACUGUUUAGUAACAAAAAUAUUAACAUGAGUGGAGGACCAUCAUCUCCAUACAGGUGA